CAGAGUAUCACACACAGACGAACACACAGAGUAUCACACACAGACGAACACACAGACGAACACACACAGAGUAUCACACACAGACGAACACACACAGAGUAUCGCAAACACAGCGACAGACACGAGCGUGGCUCGGCGCAGCUCUGAACGGAGUACAGCCGCAGCAGAGCGCACAGCUCAGCCACCGCGUCCAUCAUCACAGCCCAACAACAGCAACAACAACAGCAACAACAACCACAACAACCACCAGAACAACAACCACAACAACAACCACCACCACCACUACCACAACAGCGGCGGCGGCGGCCUCAGCCGCUCGGGGUGCGCCCCGGGGGCAGCCCGCGGGCGCCGCGGGACGAUGGGGAGCCACUCGGGACGGCCCCGCACGCCCUGGGGGGGUCUCUGCUGCUGCUGCUGCCCCCCAGAUGAGUCGGAAGAGAGGGAGCCGCUCAUCAGUCAUGCCCAGGGGGACUCGGUGCUGUGCUACCAGGAGCAGAUGAAGCGGCGUCGCCUUGACGACGAGGCCUUUCUGUGGAGCGAGCCUCACGACGCGACGCACAAGCACUCGCCCUCCGACCAGCUCGUCGCUCAGCUUGCCGAGCAACUGAGACACGCGCGCAGGGACACAGCCGAAUGGACGGACCUGAACAGGCGACUCAGCGCCAUGAUGCAACUACGACGAGAGAUUAACGACCGCUGGAAGCUCGUUCUGGGGCAGCUCGGAUUCCGAUCGGGCCAGGAGGACGAGCUGCUGCGGGUGAAUGCGGCGUUGAGUCCCGAGGAUUUCCGUAACCUUCGGCGGGCGCGCGCGCUGCUGCUGACCCUGGAGCGCAGCAGCUACCUCUUCGACAUGCUGCACGAGACGCCGCAAAGAUACGUCUACGUGCUUGACCGUCUCGUCGAGCUGGACAUGGCCGACGCGUUCGUGGCCAAGGCGCAGGAACUCUUCCCCAAGGGAGGGGGGAAGAGCCCGCCGUCCGGCCGUCGGACUCGCGUGAGCGCCACGCGAGUCCGCGCCGACAUCCGCAGGACGUCGCUGGACCAGACGGGCGGCCUGGCGGGGGUGGAGCCGGCGGAGGAGGCCGCCGUGACACCGCACGGCUCCGUGCAGGCCAACGGCAUCGCCACCGCGACGACGACGAUGGCGGGACGAGCGAGGCGCGACGGGGAGACCCUCAGCAUCAACGGCCCAAACCCCACCGAGUUGAAGCUCUAGCUCGUGGUGUUGGAGAACAAGAACUGAAAACGCAGGAGGGGUCAGAGGUCGCCAAGUGGGUGACAGCAUGAGUACGUCUCUCUUUUGAGGGCGCAGAUGGUGCAACUGCACCGAUGCCCGCAAGCGCCGGGCGACUAAGAGGGGGGGGGGGGGGGGGGUGGUGGCAGAGGACCCCUUACCAUCCCCCGCACCGGGGCCAAUGCCAAGCACGCUGCGUCACCAGUGGGUCGUGGUGGUGAGGUUAUGAAGAUGACACCAGACACUUGUCCAUGUGCGAUUUGAGACGAACGGUUUAACACUAUUGGAGCAUGCACGUUAUUGUUCAAGAACGGAAAGUCUCAUUUUGGCGAACAUUAAAAAAAGAACGACGGACCUCAUAACCACUCGUGGACAUUCACCGAGUGAUUGAACAGAGCUCAUACUCAGAGGGAUGCAAAACUCCCUGGACAUGGUCAUUGGUGGUCACUUCUUUUCGCUUUACAAGUUUUCGUUUUUGAAAAUGCAACCAGCUUGAAAAUGUUGCCUGCAAGAGAUUAUUUGCGAACGGCAAUCAAGAUCCGCACGGUGUGUGUUGUGUGUUCAAGGUGAUGUUUUGUGUAAAAAUAAGAUUUGCAAGCACAAAGUGCCACUGAAGUCUGUGUUAACGUCAAGUCCAGAUGUCAUCAGCCCAACCUCUAUCCACCUAGCGGUUAUAAAUGUGAGUACUCCGCAGCUGGGCGAACGGCAGGUCGCGUGUGGUGGGAUAAAGAGUGGGAAGUCCCGCAUGUUCCAAACUUGUGGCCAGCAUGGUGAAGUCGGCCAAAUCCCCUGUAGAGAGGCUCUCUAGAGCUCACUCGAGUGGAGGCCCCUUCUGCCAGCAGUGGCGUGAGCGAGACAUUGCGGGGCUGUGCCUUUACCUUACCAACGUUUACAAUGCGAGCGCUUAUGCUCUUCAAUUGCCGAAUACAAAACACUAUCACUCUUUACGAGUGAAGUGGGUGUAUGGGUGUUUUCAGAAGUUAAAUCCCAAAACAUCCACAUUUUAAGCAAUCUUCAUUAUGUAAAUUAACUUAAGAGCUUUUACUUAUUCUAUAUGCAUAACCCUGUAGGUUUGUGUCUUGGCUCUUAUGGGUUUCUUUAUAAUGGGAUGAGAUACAAUAGCACUCCCACUCUCGGUUCCGCUUAAUUUAUUGUCGUGAUGUCAGAAGUAUUGUUCAGCCAUGACUUUAGGUCUUGUGUAAUGGAUGUGUUGCAACGUGCACGGGUUUUCCGAGGUUGUGUACAUGUGCGUGCCAGCGUGUGCGUUUACACAGGAGCAGUGGCGCAUGGGUUAGCACGCUGCACUACGAACCCGGCCACCUGAGUUUGAUUCCUGCUCACGGCCAACACCACUGACGAUUUUCUAAACCGGUGCUGGGUCGACUCAUCCUCAAAUGAGUACUUGGUGCAGU